CAGUUGAGUUGUUAGCCAUCAACGAGACUGUUGUGAGUGAAAAUAAAUAAAAGAAAUUUACAUUAAAUAUUAUCGUCAAUUUUUAAAAUGAAUUUUUCAAUAAAAUACGUGAGUUUUUGUGUCACAUUGUUGGCUACUAUUGUAUUGGUGUACGCGGAUGAUGAUAGUUUCGCAUUUCCCGAUGAAUUGAUCGUUGAAACAAAAUCCCGAUUCAGUGGAAAUCCUUAUGCAAAUGGAUAUAACAGUGGUUACAAUAAUAAUCAAUAUCAAGGACCUUCAAGAAGACCUUUCCAAAAUAAUUAUCAUGGAUAUAAUAAUUACGGAGAUCGAUAUGAUAAUACAAAUAAAUUUAGUGGACAUAAUGGAUUUGGUGGAAUCAACACUCAAUAUCCAUCAGGAUUCGGUGGGCAUCCGGUGUACAAUCAACAAGCACGUCCUUGGCAAGGCCCAAACAACGGAAUAAUUAAUAAAUAUCCCUCAAAUAUAUAUAAUAACGGAAAUGAUGGUGGCAGUUUUGCAAAUGCUGAGAGUAAUGCUCAAGCAUCAAAUGGAUUUGCAAAUAGUAAUUCAAAAGCAAAUGCACAAGGAUGGAAUAAUCCAAGUAAUUAUUAUCCUGGUGGUGCAUCAAGUGCAUCAAGUGCUGCAUCAGCAACAUCAGGUAUUGUCAAUGGUUAUCCAGUUGCAGCAAGUUCAGCUGCUGCUGCAGCAGCAUCAGGUGGAAGUAAUUCUGUUGGUUUAUCAUCAGCAUUAGCAACAUCAUCAGCAAUUGGUGGUAAUUAUAAUGGAGGAUUUAAUAAUCUAUCACCAUGGAAUUUUAGAAGUCGUAUUGGAGGUAAUGAAGAAGAAGAACAACAAAAAGUUGAUGAAAAAAUUAAAGAUAAUAAAAGUGAUGAAAAAAAUAAAGAUUCAAUCGUUUUUAGGGAGUAAUAUAAUUGUAUAAAAUUUUAAUAAUAAAUAUUUAAAUUUUACCUCAAAGUUUCCAAAUUUUCAUAAUAAAAAGUAUUUAUAAAACUAAA